CGACAUGUGGUAAGAUGAAGUGCGAGAAGCGGCUGAGGAAAAUACAUUUACACACAUUUGCGUGUGGAAAUUAAAUCAGUUAGUCGAUUGCCAAGAUAUUUUUGGAAUUCUUGUGUCCGGAAGCACACGGUACGUCGGCGAUUCAGCCGACUGUGUCGCAUCUUGCAAUUUUGGAUCAAUCGGAAAAAGGCGAUUUCGGUUUCCUGUCGGUUUCCGCAAGAAGAGAAAAGAGGGGCACCGUAGGUGGACGAGGAGUUGCCAGACUUACGGGGUGACGCGGGCAUAUUUUCUCAAAAAAUCCAAAUAAAAAUGGCUGCAUUACCGCGAAGGAUCAUAAAAGAAACGCAAAGACUGAUGCAAGAGCCAGUCCCUGGGAUCAGUGCAGUACCAGAUGACACUAAUGCUAGGUAUUUUCAUGUAAUUGUCACGGGGCCUGAGGAUUCUCCAUUCGAAGGUGGAUUAUUUAAGCUCGAGUUAUUUUUACCAGAAGACUAUCCCAUGUCAGCACCAAAAGUUAGAUUUAUUACAAAAAUUUACCAUCCAAACAUCGACAGGCUGGGCCGGAUUUGUUUGGACAUUUUGAAAGACAAAUGGAGUCCAGCACUCCAAAUUAGAACAGUUCUUCUUUCGAUACAAGCGCUUUUAAGUGCACCCAAUCCUGACGAUCCAUUAGCAAAUGAUGUAGCCGAACUCUGGAAAAUAAAUGAAAGCGAAGCGAUACGUAACGCCAAAGAAUGGACCCGUAGAUACGCCAUGGACAACUGAUCUCAGUAUCGCCAGAUUAUGAUCAAACGCGCGAACGACGAUUUGUCAUCCUAAUCCUUUCCACUGUCACCUAAUCUACGCCAGCUGCACUUAUGUCCACAAUUUUGCCAUCAAAUGAAUAAAACAAUUUUUGUAAGCGCAGAUUGCAUGGGACUACUAUUUUCUAUAUAUUAUCGAGAAGGACUUGCAAGAUUUUCAAUAGCGGUGAAAAGAGUGGAAAAGAAGGCAGGUACUCAAGCCCUAUGAUUUGAAAUAUUUAGAAAUAUAAUGUUAAUAAAAUAAUAGUAAUAUUAAUAUUAAUAAUAAUAAUAAUAAUAAUAAUAAUAAUAAUAAUAAUUAAUACCUCUAAGCUCGAGCUCGUCUGAUCAUCCUUUUCGCUAUUACCAUAUAAACUAUUGAACUACAAAUAUUUCGCUUGCCGUCGUCGUUCUUCUGACACUAGAGUAUGAAAUUGUACAUAAUUUAUUUUUCGGUAAUUCAAGCAUGUAAUCUUGGGAUAAACGAUUUUCUGCAUUAUAAUUUUAAAGACAUAAGUCGCGGGCAAUCGGGCACUGCUAAUUCUCUUCAUCUUUUAUUGUAAAGUUAUAUAGAAAAUUUGUGUGCAAGUACAAAUUAAGCACAGCUUCUCGCAUAGAUCGAUUCCACUUUUUACGAUUGAUAAAAUAGGUUUGAAGUUUGCAUCUGGCUAAAAAUUUCUAACAGAGCCAAACAAAAUUUAAAAAAUAGCCGAAGAUCGACCUAAGAGUAAUUUUUAGCCAGGGCAGGUUCAGAAAAUAAUUAGAGAAAAGGAAAAAAGAUUUAAUUUAGCACUAUGAUGCAUUUGUAUUAGAUAUUUAGAUAAGGGCGAUAAUUAAUUGUCCUGACGAGUUUUAAAAGCUUAACUGGUGUGGUGAAAUAAAGCGACUUUUUUAAUUGACUCCCUGGCAUCAUGAAUUUAAUCAUACCAUACCAUUUAAGGAUUAAAACUUGAACACGAAAGGUCGAUCAAGUUGAAAUUGAACUUUAUAAUAGUUUACAAAGCGUAAGAUUUUUCAAUAUGAGUACUUUUAAGUUGGAGAAGACAAUGUAUUAUGGAUUGUAUCGAGUCGGUGAAAUUCGAGUGGAGCGGCAACAUUAUUUUCUUGAUGAGACGUAAUUCCAAGUGCAGAAGAUCGAAUGGUCUUUGAAACCAUACAAUAUGUAAAUUUAAUAAACAGUAAGAAAGAA